AUGCUGUGUACGAGCGCGCACCAUGUGCGCUUCUCCGCGUUCUUCUACUCGCUGAGCAAUCUGGCUACUUUUCCAGCCUCGUUUUAUCAUGGGACCCGGGACAUCUUCGGAAGCGCAUGCUCUCGGCGCAAGCGAAGCAAAGCAGGCCGGGCUUGGAUGGGUGCUUUGGCACUCACGAUCGUCGUGGCCUUUGUCUGGCCCUCGCACUGGUUCACAGUGAUUGUGCUGCUUGUUCUGCAGGUUGGCUGUAUGAUCUGGUACAGUGUGUCGGUAUUAUGCGUACGGACGCAAAGUUUCCUGCACACGUACAUGGCGAAGCGGGUUGUGCUGGUCGAUGCCAUGGACGGCAAGAUUGACGGCAAGUGA